AUGCGCUGGGCACUUACGGGCGGACUCCUGGCGCCGUCACUACAGAGAGGUGCGCCUAGCUUCCAGUUAGACGUCCUGACUUGUGUAGAGCGCGCCGGGAUAGCAGACGCGACAGGUGGAUGGCCCCGGCGCACCUCCCACUCCCGCGGGAGGGAGCAGGUGCAUCGCCCUCCCAAGGCGACCUUCUCCCCCCCCCCACCCUCCCCCUCCCCCAUACCUCACCCCCACACUUCA